GAACGGAAGUUGGAGUUGGUUUAGAAGGUGUUGAGUGAGAAAGCAACAUGGUUGCUACUAGAAGAGGAGCAAGCGUGGAGUCUCCAGACAGGACCAAAGCAGAAAAAUCUCUUAAAACGGAUUCCUCCCCGACUCGUGUUCUUACUAGGACCAGAAGAACCACAGCGACAAAAACUGAGUCGCACUCAGAGGAUGCCUGUGACUUGCAACACGAAGAGGCCGAAGACAUGGAUUCUACCACUCGCACAGAGGAGGUUCAGAGCUCAGCUGUCAAGAGGAUCACGAGAUCAACAAGCCGGCAGACCAGGACUGUACAGCAGGUGGAAUCCUUGAAUGAGGUUGAGAUUUCCGAGGCAGAGUCCUGCUGUUCCAAUGUGUCCAGUGGACGUGUAACUCGCAGCCGGAGGACUCCGGCUGUGGCCCGAGCUAAAUCUGCCUUGAGGGCAGAUGAUGAUGAUGAUGAUGAUGAUGAUGGCGGCUCUGAGGCAGAGUCGUGCUCUUCUUCUAUUUCCACAGCUGGUCGUAGAACAUCCAGGAGCCUAAGAGGCAGAAUGGCACCACUGCACAAGCCCGUGACUAAGCUUGCAAAUUCAGAAACUGAAAAUUCAGAGGCAGAAUCCUGUUGUUCAGAUAUGUCUGGAGCGCGAGCUUUUGGCGCGCAAAGAUCAACAAGGAGCCGGAGUUGCGCAGCUCCUCCUUGCACUCCAUCCAAGUCUCAGACAGAGGACAAGGAGCCUUCGGAAGCUGAGACCCAUGCCACCAGUUUAUCAAGUCUUCAGGGCUCUGCAGUCCGUAGGUCGGCAAGAAAAAGGCAGGAGAGGACCACUGUUCCAGCCUCCACAGUUCCUAAGAAGAAGGCUGAAGCUUCCAGUGCUUCUCCGUUAUCUAGCUCCAGCAGACGAGCACUCAGAGCAAAAACUCAGUCUGUCAGCGAGUCACAGAGUAGUGGGUGCAACAAGGCUGUCCCUGGGCCUAUCGGAAGUCAAGACAGGUUCACCUAUAGUCAGGCUGAAUCCAAAACCACAGAAGAGGUAACCAUUAUAUCGGAUACGGAAUCAGAAGAUUCCCUAACUUGCACUGGUCCUCCGAGUCAAAAGAAUGAUGCAAAACAGGAAGUGGCGACCAAGUUCGCCAACAGCUCUCGCACAGGAUCAGGGAGCAGUCGCCAUGCAGCGUCACCCUUGGAGGCCAUUGCUGAAGAAAGGGCAAAGACCUUUCAGUCUCCUGCUGCUGUUCCCAAAGAGAGCGAAAAGAGGCUGCAGCCUGAGAGCUCCCUCCCAGAAAUAUCCAAGGACUCCCAGAGUUCUAGCCUUCUUGGCUCCCAGCCCGUCUGUCCAUCUGAAGAGCUGACCACAUCUAAAACCAACAUUGAAGAGACUGAAGGGGAAGAAACCAUGGACGUGGCCCUCAGUGAGUCCUCAAUUUGUGAGAUGGAAAAGACCAUGGCGAAGAGAGGGUCUGUUGCAAAACUGGAUCCUGUGGAAGGGAAGAAAGACUCAAGUGGACAGUGCAGCACUGCACCGCAGGAAUCACAGUUCAUCAGUUUGCUGCUGAGUAGUGACGAUGAGAAUGAUGGCGAUGAGAGCAAGGAGCUAGAUUUUGCUUCUGGUGAUGAUGAUGAUGAUGAAGAUGAAGUUUCUCAAGGAGAGAACCAGGCAGCCCUAUCUAAAUCCCCUCUGGAUGAUGGACUGUUUGUUAUAGACACUCAGCCUGGACUGCAGCCUGAUAAAAAGUAUUACUUGGAUACCAAAGGUAUAUGUGAAACAAGAGAGAGCGAAGAGGAGGAGGAGGAAUACAGUGACGAAGAAGCAGAUGAGGGUAAAGAUGCUGAGGAAUUUAUUGAUGAAGAAGAUGAGGAUACUGCAAUUCUUUUGAAAAGUAAAAAGCCCCCCCUGAUAGAGUUGUCUAGUAGCAUUGACCCAGGACUGAAUAUGAAACAAACUGGGGGACUGUACAUCAGUCUUGAUGGUGGGAAAAUUAAGAGUGGCCCUAGUGCUCUGCAAAAACUGAAGGAGAAGAAGAAAAAAGAUGAGCUACUGAGGAAGAGUGUGAUCACUCCAGAUUUUGAAAAGAAAGAUGCUGUACCUCCAUACCUAGAGUCAAAGGACCAACUGAAGAAGAAACGCAGAGAGGAGAGAGCAAAGACUACAGGGGACAGCUGGUAUAAUAUGAAGGCCCCUGAACUGACGGAGGAGUUAAAGAACGACCUGAAAGCCCUGAAAAUGAGAUCAGCUCUGGAUCCCAAAAGGUUUUACAAGAAGAAUGACCGGGAGGGAUUCCCCAAGUAUUUCCAGGUUGGAACAGUAGUGGACGACCCUGUGGAUUUCUAUCAUGCACGGAUCCCUAAGAAACAGAGGAAGAGGACUAUUGUUGAGGAAUUAAUUGCUGAUGCUGAAUUCAGAAGUUACAAUAAGAAGAAGUACAAGCAGAUCCUGGCAGAGAGAGCAGCCCUGGCAGCUGGCAAGAAGAAUCGCAAGAAAAACAAAUUUCACAAGAAGUGAAACUGUGUACUUGAAGUUGGGCACCAGAUCCCCCUUUCUGUCUAUGUCAUUUUUAAAUAAACAAAGGACUAUGAAGAGUAUUUUUAGGUAUUUAUGCAUAUAUCUGCUAUUUUAUCAGUCAUUGGUAUAUGAGUAUUACUCAAUUUAAAUAGGGAUCUAAAGUGUGUGGAAAACUAUAUUUCUAGUAUUUCAAAUGAAUAGAUGGCAGAAAAUGUGCAUCUUCAUCAUUAGUCACAAAUUGUCACACAUAUUUAGACUGUUUUACUGGUUACCUAAAAAAUCUGCUGGGUUGGUGCUCUCCUCAGCCACAGUUGGACCUUGGGCUAAAUCUUUUCUAACUGAUUUUUUAUUGUCAUAGAAAACACCUUAAUAAACCAUUGCCAUCAUGCUGUCUUGCUGUGUGAAGAGCUGCAUCAAUUAAGAGACACUUGAUUUAAUUACAGGUUUUCAUGAUGUUGCUGAGAUCAUGUGUCCAUUCCUAAGGAGUGUUCAAUGGAGGUCUGAUAGCUUUUACAGUUUCUAGAUUUGUAUGCUAACCCAAUCCACUGCAGCCAGUGAAUGGUGCUGCUGAUGACUGUCAGCUAUAGACAGCUGAUUGUAUGGAAUUGGUUUGGUACAGGGAAGAGGGUUUUAGUGGGAUGUGACUUUUGGACAUUCCUGACCACUCUCUGGAAUUAUUCUCCCCUUUCUACUCUGGAGUUCCCAUUCCUGCAAGUGGGAAUACCUACUGUUUUUUUUCCCCACCUACACACUUUACUUUUAUCCUUCGAAGUUAAACGUCAUUAUGCAUGAGACUAAAAGGCAAAGUUCAAAUCUGGAUAGUAACUGAAAACAGUUCAAAUGAAUUCUGUUACUAGGUCAAUUUAGGAGUUCAGUUAAAUCACAGAGAGUUCAACUGGAACAAAAAAAACAGCAGGGGUCAUUUCCCCAGGUCAAGGGGAGAAGAACCCCUGUCUUAGUGAGAAAUAAAACCCCUGUCUUGUGACUGAAGAAAAUAUACUGUAUGGUACUCUCUGUCCUUUCUGUAUGCGCAGAGCCUCAUGGCAAAAAUUACACUGUUGAAUCCUGAAAUGGCUAUAAAAAACUGAAUUUUGAA